ACACUGGCAAUAAUGUUGAACUUGUUUUGCAGGAUCUUAUUUUAAAUUUUUUGUUUGGUAUACAGAAAACACUAUCUUAUUAUCUUGCUUUCUCUGUAGAGAAUUCUGCCUGGGUAGUCUCCAGUUAAAUCAUAGAUAGGUAAAGGCAAUCAGAAGAGUCUAAGCAGGCUUCUGCCUUGAGUUCCUUGGGGAGAGGGAUCCACACUUGUGAAGUGUAGAAGACUGGUAAACUCUCCCUCUCUCAUAAUACCGUUUGUUCAAACACAGUUUACAUCACCCCAGUUUAUACUAUUUAGUGUAAAUAUUUUGCCUGUGUAUGUUAGGGGUUCUGUUUAUAUUGCUGCACACUAAUACUUGGCUGCAGGCAGUGAUACUCUUGUCAGCACAAGCCCGAAGGCAGGGUAGGCUUAGCACUGCAACAGUGGCUGCCAUUCUGCAAGGUUGUUGCUCAUGUUUCUGCAAGAUCCCCGCAUUAUUGUGUAUGGUGUGUUGUGAGACAGCAUUUUGAAAGUCUUGGAGUGGUUGGGUUUUAUACAACUUAAGAUAUUUAAUCACUCCUUGCUGUCCACACCAUGUGCCUUCAGUGUAACUCUAAUAAUACAGAGCUGUGCCAGAAAUAAAUCAACCUAAACCAAGCAAAGCUCUUCUAUUUCUGUUGAGGCUUACUAAUGAAAAACAGAAGCAUAUGCACAUGUGCAAUGUCUCCACCUACAGAAAUAAGAAUAUUUGUGACUUGUGCAACCCUGUGUGAGAAACGUUUGUCGCGCCAAUGAGCAGGCCCACACAGAUCCUUCAGCGAAGCACAGUUUAUUUACAUCCUUGCAAGAAUGGGUGACCUAAGCAAGUAGGCACACCUAUAGCAAGGUGAAUAACGGUUUAUAUUCCCUAUUCCCGACACAAAAUUCCCUCCCCUGUUUCCCCACUGGCUGAGUACUCCAGGGUUUACAGCCUAUCCGACGCUUCAAAUUAUCCUAUAAAUUUCCCGCCCCUGUUUACACAUUCCAUUCUAGCAGUUUACUUUUUACGUUUUAAGGUAAAUUUUUGACCUUUCUUGCCCCCUUGGCUGUCUUCCCAAUUAACAAUCUACUGGUGUCAUCCUGCCCUGAGGAGCAACAUAGAAGUAGCUUUGUUCGGCCUUAUCUUGGGCCAUAAAUCCUUCUCCAUGUUCAGAUUCCCCAGAUGGAGCCCAAUUAAGUCCCUCAGUUUCCUGGCCCAUAAACCACUCCAGGUGUCAUUGGAAUGUGUAGAUAUCUCUCAAACAAACAAUUAUAUUCCUAACACUAAAAUAUAUAUUCCUAUAUGUGGUCCUAAUAUAAAUGUGGUCAAACAAACUAUAUCUUCCUAACACUAGAAUAUAUAUAUAUAUGUGAACCAAACCAAACACUACCUUUCUAACACUAGAAUACAAAAUCAACACUACCAUUCAUUUCUAACACCUGUUUAGACUGAUUUAAGUGGAACUAGUGUAAAAAGAGUCUUUCUUUUGGGGAAGUUGGUAUCAUGGGAAGAUCAUGGUCUUCAAGUGGGAUUUGUAACAUCCACAAGUCUCUGGUAUCCCAACCCUCCUGGCUGACAGGUUUCGUGAACAAGCUGUAUAUCCUCCCUUGUGCCAGUAGAGGCAAGAGUCACAACAGUUGCUGAUUAGUCAGUAGCCUCAGCAUUUUAGCUUCCUCAAGAUCAGCCUUUCUGGAAGGGAUGAAUUUUUGGCAGACUACUGUACAAGGAAUAGAUUGGGUCACUGAUACAGUUCUAGAGGAAGCCAGAGGGACAAAAGCAGGAUGCAGGGGAGCCGAGGGAAAUUGGACAGGCUGUAACUUAACAGAAGGACAGGAACAUUUUGGGGAAGGGCAAGAGAGGAAGAAAUAGGAAGUGAAACAGUAAAGACAAAGAGGAAGAACAGUGCCAGGAGGGCUGGUCCUUGACACUGCUGCAUGAUGGGAGAAACCUCUAUCUGGAAAGAGUGAAGCUGGGCUUGGUCUAUCUGCAAAUAUUUUUCACACAGUGUUGACCACAGCAUUCUUCUUCUUUCAAACUGCAGGCUGAGUCUUGAGUCAGUUAAGACAUGGAAGAGUUGAUGCAGGGAGAGAGACACUGAGGCAUGGGAUGAUGUGGAGACAGAACCAUUUUGGACCCGAAGAUCAGGCAGUGCUUGUGAUGUGCCUCUGUGCUGUUCACAGCCUUUGGAUAAAAGGACAACUCAUGCCAGUGAAGAACGUCGGACACAUUUUCUGAACUGUUGCUAGUGUGUGCCUUGUGGAAGGAAUUUGUAUGCCUCAUUCUGUUGAAGGAUUCAAAUCCUGAUGUGAAAUGAGUACAGACUUCCACAAACUCCUUUUUGACAUUUCUGAGGCUUUGAUCCCAGAUGAACUAUCAGCUCUGAAGUUUCUCAGCAUGGAGUACAUCCCCAUGAGGAAGCUGGAAGCCAUCCAAGAGCCCAAGGCCUUCUUUGAAACGCUGUGGGAGAAAGACAUGAUUGAGGCAGGGAACCUGGCCUUCCUGCGGGAGCUGCUCUACCGGAUCAAUCGGAUGGACCUUCUGGUUGCCCACCUGGGCUCCAGUCGAGAGGAGAUGGAGAGAGAUCUUCAGAUCCCAGGCAGAGCAAAGGUGUCUGCCUACAGGCAACUGCUAUAUGUAAUUGCAGAAGACUUAACUCCAGAUGAUGUCAAGAGUGUGAAAUUCCUACUCCAAAAAAAGAUACCAAAGAACAAGCUCCAGGAUAAUGCUUCAAUGCUGAAGGUCUUGCUAGAAAUGGAAAGAAAAGGGUUCAUUAAAGAAGAUGACCUGGUAAUGCUGAAAGAUAUAUUAAAGGGAAUUAGAGCUGACUUAAAGAAAAAGAUUGAUACCUAUGAAGAAAAAAAAAAAGAAAAUUAUUCUAAGGAAAAACCCCACUUUCCAGUGUCUGUGCCUCCAGGAGUACAAGAAGCAGAGGGGGAAACACCACACCUGCUUAUGGAAUCAUAUAAGAUGAAAAAUAACCCCCAUGGUUACUGUGUGAUUCUUAACAACUACAUUUUUAAAAAUCCAUGUGAAACCAGAGAAGGAACAUUGAAAGAUGGAGAGGCCGUCAAGAGGGUCUUUAAAUGGCUUCAGUUUGAGACAGUUGAGCACAUGGAUCUAGAAGCAAAGCAGAUGUAUGCAAAAGUUAAAGAAUACAGCAAAAAAGAUCAUAGUAACAUGGACUGUUUCGUUUGCUUCAUUUUUUCCCAUGGCGAAAAAGACAAAAUAAAAGGCGUUGAUAGUGAGUUUGUAAAUAUUAAAGACUUAGUUUCCUGCUUCAGUGGAUCUAAUUGUCCUUCUCUUGCUGGCAAACCCAAGCUGUUUUUCAUCCAGGCUUGCCAAGGCUCUGAAGGUCAUCCAGCUGUCACAGUAGAAGAUGACUUUUCUGGCCAUCUUGAGGCAGAUGCUAUCCCUAUGAUUUCCAUUCCUGAUCAGGCUGAUAUUCUGGUUGGCAUGGCUACAGUGGAAGACUAUGAGUGCUACCGCUGUAAAAAGACUGGCAGUAUUUACGUUCAGUGCCUCUGUGACAAGAUGGAGUUGCUUUGCCCACUCCACAAGGAUCUCUUAACCAUCCUGACAGAAGUGAACAAGGAAGUGGGAGGAAGAGUAUUAGAUGGACGGAAACAGAUGCCAAAGAUAACAUCAACCCUACGGAAGCAAUUGAUCUUCCAAAUUCCGCAAUGUCAGUCAACUGAAAAGUAGAAAACCAGUAAUACACUAAAUUAGGAAUCACAAUGGGAAUGGGCUUCCACAAGGAAGAGAGUUUGCAAGAGAAAUUAUCUGGAUCUGUGUAAUUAGACCCGUCCUUCAAGGACCUAAAUUUUCCAGUUCCUGUGUUUAAUUAGUCUCCUGGCACCUGAAUCUGGUAAGGCUGCAGAAGACUACAAAUCUGGCUUUCUGCUCUGCAGGAGCAGUGGAGUCUGUUCAGUCUGGGUUUCAAGUGAGGAGGCACUUCCAAACAGUAUGAUUUUUAAGAGUUAUUGGAAAUGCAGUGGAAGUCCCAUUUCUAUCCAACUUGUUAUAAGUCCAUGAAACAUGAAGAAAAGAACAGAUAGAUUCAGAAUGCUAGAUCCCUUUCCAGGGCGUGCAUGUAAGAUUGUAACUUAUAUACCUAAAGGUGAGUCAUUGGCUGUCUCUGUCUGGAAGCUGCAUAAUUUUUUCAUGGAAAAUAAAAUCCCUGUUCAGAAGGACCAAAAAAAGGUUAUGAUAAUACAAGGUUGGUUCUUUUCCUCCAAAUAUUUGGUUUGCUUUAUGUCAUUAAUUUACUUGGAUCAACAGCACUGCUGUUUAGGUUUUUAAUAGCAAAGGUUCUAAUUGUGUUUUUUUUUCUCAGAGCUCACAGGGGAACAGUCUGUUUUGAAUGGCUGUCCACCACUGGAAGAAAGGUCCCAUUCCAUUGGAUCCCCUACUCUGAGAUGCCAUCUCCUCCUGGCAGCUAACUGUAGAUCCUAUGGACUCCUGUUUCUGUUGUAAUAAAUGCUCUUGAUUUUUACAUCACUUUUGUUUGUGGUGUUUUUCUCUUUCAGAUUAGUUGACUGAAGGACAGUCAGCAUGCCAAAUGCAUCAGAAGAAGAUAUUUCCCUCUCGUUGCAGUAUUUGAUGGCACCUAACCCCUUGGGGUUAGCAUACUGAUAUCCCUUCAUUAGCAGCUGGAGUGAUGGUAGGAAAGAAUAAAUUUAAGUUCAA